AUCUCUGUAGCUGUUGGUCCCUCUUCGUAUUGCGAAACUGAAACCAACGAUAGUAUAUUAAUAGGAGAGCCGAUCUCUGUAGUUGUUGGUCCCUCUUCAUAUUCUAAAACUGAAACCAACGAUAGUAUCUUGAGAGAAGCCGAGAGUCUGAGACCAUCCUGCUAAUCUUCUCCUGUGAUUCCGUUACUCUUUCCAAUAAUUUAUCUCCCAUGUCAUGUUUGCAUCUUUCCCACUUCAGACCAUCCCUUGGCCUUCUACGAAUCCGCGCAUACAAAUUCAACUCUUCGCUGACCCGAUGGUUGGCGCAGUGGCGCUGCAUCAUCCAAGCUUGCAGACCCCUGCCGCCACCGGAUUCAACAGCGAGCAGCUGCGACGACCCUGCCAUCGAUGGAUUCGAUGGCGAGGAGCUGCGCCCAGCACCCUCUGCAACCUAGCUCCAUCGCCCUUCUCGUGUACCAUCUUCAAAUCUGCUGCUGGGAGCCCGGGAGGACGGGACACAUCUGCACACAUCUGCAGCCGUCAACGUCGCAUGCCCUCUUCUCUGUCCCAGGUUCCCCCCGCAUCCUCUUAUUGGCAGCUUUCAGCAUUUUUUUAGUCUAUGUCGACAAGGUAUUCGAUCACAACCCAAGCAAGUCGCAGUUACAGGUCACACAUGUGUUACACAGUCUCAUUGUCGACAAGAUAUUUUACAGGCUCCUAGCAAAUGAUCCAUGGAAUGCAUCAUAAAUUCAUAGCAAGAUACAGUUUGCCCUGAUAGUAUCUUGUGGAGCAUAUAGAAUGAAUAGACGUCUAUUAGAAUAUGGUCUAUUGUCUGCCUCGCUUCUCUUAUGAAGCUGCAAGUAUUUACAGGGCAAAUAGGAACAAUUUGUGUGUUGAUUUGUGAUUUAUAUGUCCGUAUAUGUUGAUGUAGUUUUCAAUCAAAUUGUAUCUGUAAUCUUUAUCGUACUUUUGUUGGCUUUGCAGGAACAGUUUGUUGUGAUGCCUACCAUUUUCUUGGCAACUUGGACGUUGUGUUCUGAAGUUUCAACUCAUGUGCUAUCACUAAUGUUAUCCCAUGUCAAUAAUAGUAGUGCUCAUUGUCGACAACCAAA